CUAAACCCAGCACCAGUCCCUCCCGCUCUUCCCCUAACAACGAAAAUUGACACGCUCCCUUACUUCCCUGUGAUGUUGUUGAACGUUGAACGAGAGACGCACGAGCGCUAACAGUCCGGGCUGAUCAUAGGAGGUCUCGCAAUCAAAAGGGGUUGAAUCAUAGUGGAUUAAUCUCUAAACAAGGACAGAAAGAGUCUCCAUCAGUAUGGACCAUUCAGUGCGGAUGCAUCUCUCUCUUGAUUGACAAGCAAGAGGGAUGGGCCAUCCCCAGGAAGAGUCUCAUUAGGUAGAGAAGAUCCAAUCCACAAAUCCCACAAGUCUCGACCAUGAAACUCGACCCAUCCUGAACUCUGCCUAUAAGCAAACACCCAAACAUGGCUUCCAUAUACCUAUGGAAGCUAUCGUCCCAGAAGCUAGGCUUCUUCCUGGUGAGUUUUGGCUUUAUCUGGGGUAUGAUGCUACUGCACUUCACCAUCCAGCAAAGGACGACGCACGAGAGCAGUGCCCAGUUACGCGUGCAGAUCCUCGACCUGAGCAAGCGCUACAUCAAAGCUCUGGCCGAAGAAAACCAGGGCAUGAUGGAUGGACCUUACGUGGGGACCAUGACUGCAUAUGAUUUGAAGAAGACUCUCGCUGUGCUGCUGGACAACAUCAUGCUGAGAUUGUCCAAGCUUGAGUCCAAAGUGGACACCAUCGUCGUCGUCAACGGCUCGGCCUCUAACCAGACCAACAGCACGGUGGCUCCUGCCCCCAGCUCCGCCAAUGGCGAGAAGGUCAAUGUGGCAGACCUGCUCAGUGGAGCACAGGAGAAGUGUGAGCUGCCACCUCUUGACGGCUUCCCGCACUGUGAAGGCAAGAUAAAGUGGAUGAAGGACAUGUGGCGCUCAGAUUCGUGCUAUGCAAAUUAUGGCGUGGACGGAUCCACGUGCAGCUUCUUCAUCUACCUGAGCGAGGUAGAGAACUGGUGUCCUCGUCUGCUAUGGAGGGGCAGCAAUGCUAAUGAUGAUUUUGACAAACAGGGACAGCUGGAAAUCCGGACAAGUCUGGACGAGCUGUACCGCGUGAUGUCACGGCGUGAGGAGUUCCGCUGGAUGAUGUUGAGGAUAAAGCGGAUGGAGGAGCGGUGGCUCGGCGCCGUGCACUCGCUCAGCCUCAAACAAGACCUGCGCAACCGCAAACGAAAGAAGAUCCUUGUGCACCUGGGUCUGCUGACGAAGGAGUCUGGCUUCAAGAUAGCUGAGAAUGCGUUCAGUGGGGGUCCACUGGGAGAGCUGGUGCAGUGGAGUGACCUCAUCACCACUUUAUACCUACUGGGCCACGACAUCCGUAUCUCAGCCUCCAUCGCUGAGCUUAAAGAGAUCAUGAGGAAGGUGAUGGGAAACAAGUCCAGCUGUCCGACACAGGGAGACAAAGUGGUGGAGCUCAUCUACAUCGACAUUGUGGGCCUGUCUCAAUUUAAGAAAACACUCGGGCCCUCGUGGGUGCAUUACCAGUGCAUGCUGCGAGUGUUGGACUCGUUCGGGACGGAGCCGGAGUUUAACCACGCUCACUACGCUCAGUCUAAAGGCCACAAGACUCCGUGGGGCAAGUGGAACCUUAACCCUCAGCAGUUCAACACCAUGUUCCCACACACUCCUGAUAACAGUUUCCUGGGCUUCGUGGUGGAGCAGCACCUGAACGCCAGCGACAUCAGACACAUCGACGACGUCAAGCGGCAGAACCAGUCGCUCGUCUACGGGAAAGUUGAUAACUUCUGGAAGGAUAAAAAGAAGUACUUGGAUAUCAUCCACUCAUACAUGGAAGUGCACGCAACUGUACACGGCAGCAGCACUGUCCAUUUGCCCAGCUAUGUCAAAAACCACGGCAUCCUGAGCGGACGUGACCUACAGUUCCUGCUUCGCGAGACCAAACUGUUUGUAGGUUUGUCCUUCCCCUAUGAAGGCCCCGCCCCCCUGGAGGCUAUAGCCAAUGGCUGCGCAUUCCUCAACCCCAAGUUUAAUCCACCCAAAAGCAGCAAGAACACUGAUUUCUUCAAGGGAAAGCCCACUCUGAGAGAGCUGACUUCACAGCACCCGUAUGCUGAGGUGUACAUCGGCCAGCCUCAUGUUUGGACUGUAGAUAUAGAGAAUCCUGGAGAGGUGGACAGAGCAAUCAGAGCCAUCCUCAGUCAGAAGAUUGAGCCCUACCUACCGUAUGAGUUCACCUGUGAGGGGAUGCUGCAGAGAGUCAACUCCUUCAUCGAGAACCAGGAUUUCUGUCACGGUCAGGUGAUGUGGCCUCCUCUCAGCGCUCUGCAGGUCAAAAUGGCUCCAGCAGGCAAAUCUUGCAAGCAGGUUUGUCAGGAGGAGCAGCUGAUCUGCGAACCUUCCUUCUUCCAACACCUGAACAAGGACAAGGACCUGGCCAGGUUUGGUGUCGAGUGCAGGACUGUGGAGAGUGUCGGGGACAUCGUGGUCCCUGCGUUCGGGGAGUCGUCACGUCACUGUGUGCUGCAGGCCGAUCUGCUGCUGUUCAGCUGUGCAGGAGCUCAUCCUUCACUCCAGCGCAUCUGCCCCUGCAGGGACUACAUGAAGGGCCAGGUGGCUCUGUGCAAGGACUGCUUAUAACACACACACACACACACACACACACAUUCACGCACACACACAUUCCAGUGUUUCCUCUUCAGCCCUGGGUCGGGGUCCCCAUCAUUUAGGUGUCAGACAAGGUUUUCAUAUAGAACUGGUUCGAUUUCUACUGCCUCUGUACAUUAACUAGCUACCAACAUUUUUUAACAGAUAAUUGCUGUCCAUCUUUAGCAAGCCAAACUACAAAAUAUUUAUUUACCACGCACAUUGCGGGGGAAAAAAAUGGAAACGUUCUUUAGGGAAACAUCAGCAAGAUGAAAAAGGUCUUCAUCAAGACUCGCUUUGUAAAGCUUGUUAUGAGCAUCUGCUGUCGUCGCUCUUAGGCUUGUUUUUGUUUUGGUCUCACUGAGAGACUGUGAGAGAAAUAACACCAGACCUGGAGAAGAAUCACAAUGAUUACCGAUUACUAAUAACUACUGAUUCCCAAUCAUUUCAAAUGUCUGCUAAUGAUCAACUCCUAAUAAUCACGAAUUGGUAAUUAUUGACAAUUCCCAGUACUAAUUACCAAUAAUUACCAAUUCCCAUUAAUAAUUACCAAUAAUUACCAAUUCCCAGUAAAAACUACCAAUUCCUUAUGAUCUUCACUUGCUAAUUUGCAAUAGUUACUGAUAUCCAAUCAAAUCUGUGUUAAUUACCAAUCUCCACUAAUAGAUUUCUAAUAAUGACAGUUUCCCACCAAUAUUCCCUGGAGGUCCAGUGGCAGGAUCAAGAAUUUCACAACCCAGCCACCAGGGGCUUAACUCUCAGUGCCGGUCCCAAGCAUAAAUACAUUUUCAAUAAUCCUGAGGGCUGCAUGAGGAUAGGCUUCCGAAGUGAAACCUGUGCCAAAUUAAAUAAAAUUCUAUUAAUACAAAUAGACAAAUAGAAUGCUGUGGCAGCGAAGGACUACUAUGACGACAUCAUCUGCCCAUUAAUUACCAACCAAUUUCCAAUAACGUUCAAUUCCUGAUCGUUCUCAAAUACUCGUUCAUCUGAAACGUGCAGUGAGAAUCCAAGAACUGCCUCCAACACCAACCAGUUCAGAGCUCCAGCUAAUUCCUGAGUAAACUUCUAACUGCUUCUAGUUUAAAUCUCAGUCCUGAACCUUGACGUUUACUUUUGUUAAAGCUUUCUGCUGGAACUUCUUUAGGUCUGAUCUGUUGUGUUGGCUUAGCUUCGGUUACAAAAAAAAACGAAUAUGAGGGGAAACACUGCACACAUGCACACAUUGCUUGUGAUUAAAAGAACUUAAAGAAUUAAAGGGACAAAUACAAAAGAAAGGCCAGACUGAACAACUGAUGAACUGUUCUCCAGGACAGCCGGAAAUACUUGAAGGAGGCACGCAGGUUCACUGGAACUCGUCACUGCCCCGCGUGUGUGUGUUUGUGUGUGUGUGUGUGUGUGUGUGUGUGUGUGUGUGUGUGUGUGUGUGUGUGUGUGUGUGUGUGUCGCAGGAGACACUCCAGCGCUGCGCUCUUUAGAUUUUAUUCUAUUUUAUUGAAUCUUCUCCGUCCUUCUUGUAUCUUCUGGAAAUCACAGGACCAACGAGCCCAGGAAGGUACACGAUUAAUGCACCAGGAAGAAGAAAAACGUUGGCGUCCCUGCGUGUGGAGGAUUUUCUAUUCAGACUGCACUGCAUUUUAAUGUAUAUAGAAAGUUUAAACUAGAAGUCGAUGUGUUGCAGCGCACCCACAAUGACACACACACACACACACGCAUAAAAACACAUACUUUCUUUUUCUGUUUUGUGGCCUGCUUUCAGAAAAUAACACAAAGCCGUUCAGAUCCUCUGUGAGAUGUGAUUUAACUCUGCAAGCAGCUUCACUCCCCUCAAGCCACCUUGGUUAGCCCUCCAAAUUUUUUAGACCGUAUUGAAAUCACUCGGGAACAAACCCGGACGUGACAUUCGUAUUAACGCAGCUCAUCUCCAAACUCGUGUACAUACCAUGUUCUAAAAAAAAUAUUCUUCGCAGUUCAAAUUUACAAAAUCAUGUGACUUUUUUUUUUGUUGUUUUUGUCUCUUCUUCUCCUGGGGUUUAUGGGUUGAAGUUCCUUUCAUGUCUUCGUUCUCCUGAAACAAAUCUCAACCGAGCAUCAGAUCUUUUCCUUCCUUUCCCUGAGUGAAAGUGCACUACGCCACGCUUACAUACUGAAAAUCACGUGACACUGUACUAUUGUUUAUAAGGAUUUUUUUUAUUUAUUUUGUAUACAAAAUAAUGUAUGGUGAUUUUUUUUUUCUUAAUUUAUAUAGAGUAGGGUUCUAUGUUUGUUUGUGUUUAUUUUAUUUUAUUGCUUAACAGAAGGAAAUAUUAUUUAUGCUAAAUUAAAAGUGUGUUAAAAGAGUGCGCGUGCUUGUCCAAGACAGACCGAACAGACAUAUGACGUCGAGGACAAAAUGAGGACAGCACAAUCGGUGAGAUUGUCUUCUUUAUCCUUUAUUUUCAUUUUACUACUGUUAUUAUAAUUAUUCAUAUUAAUUAUUAAUUAUUAUGACUCACAAUACACUGGAAUGAUCUGAAAUCAUUAUUUAUGGGGUUUUUUUCGCAUCCCUUAAAUGAUGCUGAGGAAAAGUAUCCCUUUAUUUUAAGACUACUGAUGGAUAAGAGUGAUUUAUAUUGAUUUUUUUUUUAAAGUACACCUUCCAAAUAUGGUAUCAUUUCCCCACCCCUCAGUGUCUCUGUUGUGGACAAGCAGUGCAUCUUGAGUACAGAUUGUUUUUUUUUUGUUUGUUUGUUUGUUUGUUUUUUUAAGUUCUUGUGUGUCGCAUUUGCACAUUUGUAUAUAUUUAUGGACGGGUUUCUUCGCUUUGUUUUCUAACUUAUUCCACGCUUUUGUUUUUUUUUUCCUCCCCUCACAAGAUCUCAGUUUGUAUAUAAUCGUGAAGACCGUUUUUAUUUUCUGUUCUUCCGUGCCUUUUCCGAGUGUAGACGUGUAGAUGCGUAGAAUGACAAAACACAAACAGAACCGUUUUCAUAUUUAAAAAAAAACUGGAUUUUUGCCAAAAAAAAGUGGAGAUGGUUAGAAAUGUAAAGUUCGUCUUUGUUUACAAGUCGAUGAAGCGUUAAAAGUUGCACAUUUGAUGAACAGGCUAGUUAUUCAUUGCAACGUAAUUCAUUAAUGAGAUUAGAGACUUUAGUCGCAGUAAUUACGCAAAGUAUUGAUGCAAAUGCAAGAUUCUGUUUACUGCUUUCCUAUGAUUUUUAUACAUUUUCUUGUUUUGUUUUGUUUGAUCUCCCUCCACAUUUGUGGGUCAAACUUUACAUCAGUUCAUCUGCUUUGUGUGUUUCAUGUCAUGACAGUGAUAGAAGAUUAGGGGACAUAUGUUUUUAAAAAAGAAAAAGUCUUUUUUUUUUUUUGAUCAAUACGCUGGAUAUAUCUUUAUUUUUCAAUAAACUCUUUCUGUGACAACAGAAAUUUCAAUAUAAUA